AUGAGCAUGGCUCUUCUGGGUUGUCAUGCCAUCCCAACACGAACAAAAAUCCUUUUGGACCGUAUCUGGUCAUCUAGCCGUCUUCAAGUUGAUUUGACUCAAUUUCUCCUCUCUUUUGGUUGGACCCUUCAAGACUACACACGUGGAUACAUGUUGACCGAUCACAAGGGUCAACUACGAGAUCGAUGGGUAAGUUGCCGUGUAGAAGAAGAAGCCCUUAUAAUCCAACAGUUUCUACGCUUCCUUGAGACUCGUCACCUUGCUCACGAUAUGCUUGUCAGUCUGGAAGCCGAGAAAUCGGCAUUCCCAAUCGAACUUAACCUCCCACCUACAGCAGACCACCUCUUCGGCCCCCUACUACAGUGCGUCGCUAAGCCACAGGAGACGACGAAGAAGGAGGAGGCAGAGGUGACAACAACAGUGCCUUCCUUCUCCACCCCUAACCUAGCCUCCGAGUUGAGCACUCGUUUCGUCGCGGCGAUGGCGGCAGCAGCUCUGACUUCCAAAGUGUCCUUCCCGAAACUACCUGUUAUGCCCCCACCCUUACCUCCCUUGCCCUCCACAGGGUGGUGUGGUAAGAGUGAGGGUGGAGCACAAAUUUCAGGCGAUAUCGGAGCGAUUCCGGAGCUAACGUUUCCACCACCCGCACCUCCACCACCUCCACCACCUUUGUCAGCGUUCGCAGCUACAGUGAUGGAUGCGGCAGACAUAACUGGUGGAGCCUUUAAGGUCAACGAGAGGAAGAAGUCACUUACAGAUUGCAAAGCGGAGGCGAUUUCAGGUCUAGACUAUGUAGCCGACUUCUCUAUCACGUCCACUACUGCGGCCGCCGCCACCAGCAUCGGAGGCAAACAGCAAAGAUCCACCCGCGCGACAUCGAACAGGAAGACGCCAGCCUCGGAGAACAAGCGGCAGCAACACAACAAUGGGAGUCAUUUUGUCUUCAGCGAAUGCAAACAGGAUACAAAACAAGCAUUAAAUGCAGUAUCGCCAAUGUCAGCGCCAGCAGCAGCGUUGAUUUUGACGGGUCGCAACAAGAAGCGCGUUCUCUGCACCACUUGCAAGAAGUCAUUUUGUGACAAGGGAGCCCUGAAAAUCCACUAUAGUGCUGUACACUUGCGAGAGAUGCACAAAUGUACCAUCAAGGGCUGCAAUAUGUGGUUCAGCUCAAGGCGAAGUAGAAACAGACAUUCCGCUAAUCCCAAUCCACGUCUCCACAUGACACAUUCGGGGAAAAAGUUGCCGGAUAAUGCCACUAUUGUGGAUGAUGGGAGCGACCAUUUUGACUUUAUUGCCCCAGGUCAGGGAGUGUUACAGCGCAGUCAAAUGCCUAGUGCAGUGCUCAAUCCACCUAUCCUUUCACCAUUCACGAAGAAUACCACUCCAUCGGCAACAAUAAUGACAUCAACCACCACGCCCACAGCACCGACGUCACCAUCCAGCAUUCCACUGAACCUCUCCGACCCCUCGCUCCACCUGCCACCAGGGGUGUGCCAGGUUGCCGAAGUCUCACGUCGACAGACCUCUGCGUCCAGUGAUGAGGGCGGUGAUGAAGGCAUCUACAUCUCCGAGAGAGGACAAAUGGAGGAUGAAGAAGAAGAGGGCGGAGACACUGAGGAAGGCGAAUCAAUGGUGGUUGGCCACUCCAAUCACCGCUCACCAGCCACUGAGUUCUCUGCCUCCAAUCUGGCCCAAUCAUCGCCCUCCCCACCCUCCUCUCUCCACUUUGGGGGUUCGCCGCCCCGCAGUGAGGAAGGCAAAGCGACUGGUGGUGUGCUCAUGGCUUAG